AUGAAGCUGUUGUCGCAAAUCCAAGCCAGGGGAAGGACCAAGGGACCUCUCCUUGUCAAUAUCCAUCCUUCCACACUUCCAUUCAAUCCCCUCCCUCUCCCCCCCACCCCACCGUUGACAAGUGUUAUAGGUUGGCCUGCCGCCUUUCUGAGGAGUGGCCCAUUAAUACCUCAGGGCCAAAGCCGGAGCCUGACACUCGACCAUCUGCCUCCACCUCAGCAAUCAUGACAGCUUUUUUCUGGCUUCCUGCUCUCUGUGCUGCUGCUUCUUCAGGAGCAGGGAGUGAAUGGGGUCCUUCCUCAGCUGAGAGGUGCCCAGUGUAGGACAAGACCCACAGACCUCGUCUUCAUCGUUGACAGCUCCCGGAGUGUGCGUCCCAGUGAAUUUGAGAAAGUCAAGGUCUUCCUGUCCCAGGUCAUUGAGUCACUUGACGUGGGGCCCAAUUCCACUCGGGUUGGUGUCAUCAAUUAUGCCAGCGCAGUCAAGAAUGAGUUGUCCCUCAAGACCCACCGUACGAAAGCCAGCCUGCUGCAAGCUGUUCGCAAGAUCGAACCCCUCUCCACUGGGACCAUGACAGGCCUGGCUAUCCAGUUUGCAAUCAACCGAGCAUUCAGUGAGGGGGAAGGAGCCAGAGUGCGAGCACCAGAGAUCAACAAGGUAGCGAUUAUAGUGACCGAUGGGCGCCCCCAGGAUGGGGUGAAAGAUGUAUCAGCAAGAGCCAGAGCUCUUGGGAUUGAAAUUUUUGCUAUUGGCGUGGGCCGCGUGGACAUGCAUACCUUGCGGCAGAUAGCCAGUGAGCCUCUGGAUGAGCACGUAGACUAUGUUGAGAGCUACAGCGUCAUUGAGAAGUUGUCCCAGAAGUUUCAAGAAGCAUUCUGUGCUGUGUCUGACUUGUGUGCCACAGGAGACCAUGAUUGCCAGCAGAUCUGUGUUAGUUCAGAGGGCUCAUAUACCUGCGAUUGUAAACAAGGGUUCACACUUAACAGGGAUAGGAAAACUUGCAGUGCCUGCAGUGGAGGGUCUGCCACGGAUCUUGUUUUCCUGAUUGAUGGGUCAAAGAGUGUGAGACCUGAGAAUUUUGAGCUGGUGAAGAGAUUCAUCAACCAGAUUGUGGAUUCUCUGGAUGUGUCGGACAGAAACGCACAUGUGGGCCUGGUCCAGUAUUCUAGUUCAGUCCGGCAGGAAUUCCCAUUGGGGCAAUUCAAGAACAAGAAGGACAUCAAAGCAGCAGUGAGAAAGAUGUCCUACAUGGAGAAAGGCACCAUGACUGGUCAAGCUUUGAAAUACCUAGUGGACAGUUCCUUUGCGAUUUCCAGUGGAGCAAGACCCGGAGUUCCCAAAGUCGCCAUUGUAUUUACUGAUGGCCGGUCACAAGAUUAUAUCAAUGAUGCAGCCACAAAAGCCAAAGAACUAGGUUACAAGAUGUUUGCUGUUGGAGUUGGCAAUGCUGUUGAAGAUGAACUUAAAGAAAUAGCCUCUGAACCAGUGACAGAGCAUUACUUCUACACUGCUGAUUUCAGAACCAUCAACCAAAUUGGGAAGAAACUACAAAGUAAAAUCUGUGUCGAAGAAGAUCCAUGUGAAUGUGAAGCCAUUGUGAAGUACCAGACAAAAGUAGAUAACCUCAUAAAGGCACUGACACGGAAGCAUAUCCUUUGGGAGCUAUUUGGGGGCUGUCUAUACCUGCUCAAAGUCUCACAAUGGCUGUGA